AUAUUUCAACAAGGAAGAAAUCACUCUCCUCCUAAGAUGGAAUCUGUGAUUUGGGAAUGUGGAUGAUCAACUUGAUAUGUUGGCCAGAUGUGCCCUGUGUAAUAAAAUGAAAAGAAGAUACAAGAUGAUGUCAUUUUCCAAUAUUGUGAAACCAAAAACAAAUGCCUUUUGUGAGACCAGGUUAACAAACCUCUGACAGUACAAGAAGUUUCUAACUGUUUGAAGAACCUAACAGAUACAGAAGGGUGCUUUCAAGCUGAGACCUGCAGUCAUAUACUGGUAGAUCUGAUCAUCGAGUCUCAUUCAGAUCCAGGGAGAAUGGCUAUGAGUUGGAUUGUCUUUUAUCUUUGGCUCUUGACUGUGUUUGUGGGGCAUAUAGGUGGGCACAGUUUAUUUUCUUGUGAACCUAUUACCUUGAGGAUGUGCCAAGAUUUGCCUUAUAAUACUACCUUCAUGCCUAAUCUUCUGAACCAUUAUGACCAACAGACAGCAGCUUUAGCAAUGGAGCCAUUCCACCCUAUGGUGAACCUGGACUGUUCUCGGGAUUUUCGGCCAUUUCUUUGUGCACUCUAUGCCCCUAUUUGUAUGGAAUAUGGGCGUGUCACACUUCCCUGUCGUAGGCUGUGUCAGCGUGCCUAUAGCGAGUGUUCAAAGCUCAUGGAGAUGUUUGGUGUUCCUUGGCCUGAAGAUAUGGAAUGCAGUAGGUUUCCAGAUUGUGAUGAGCCAUAUCCCCGACUUGUGGAUUUGAAUUUAGUUGGAGAUCCAACUGAAGGCGCCCCAGUUGCAGUACAGAGAGAUUACGGUUUUUGGUGUCCCCGAGAGUUGAAAAUUGAUCCAGAUCUUGGCUAUUCCUUUCUGCAUGUUCGAGAUUGUUCACCACCAUGUCCCAAUAUGUACUUUAGGAGAGAAGAACUGUCAUUUGCUCGCUAUUUCAUAGGACUGAUUUCAAUCAUUUGCCUCUCUGCCACGUUGUUUACUUUUUUAACCUUUUUGAUUGACGUCACAAGAUUCCGUUACCCUGAAAGGCCUAUCAUAUUUUAUGCGGUCUGCUACAUGAUGGUGUCAUUGAUUUUCUUCAUUGGCUUUUUGCUUGAGGAUCGAGUAGCCUGCAAUGCAUCUAGCCCUGCACAGUAUAAGGCUUCCACAGUGACACAAGGAUCUCACAAUAAAGCCUGUACCAUGCUUUUUAUGGUACUCUAUUUUUUCACUAUGGCUGGCAGUGUAUGGUGGGUAAUUCUUACCAUCACAUGGUUUUUAGCAGCUGUGCCAAAGUGGGGUAGUGAAGCUAUUGAGAAGAAAGCAUUGCUGUUUCAUGCCAGUGCCUGGGGCAUCCCUGGAACACUAACUAUCAUCCUUUUAGCGAUGAAUAAAAUUGAAGGUGACAAUAUUAGUGGCGUGUGUUUUGUCGGCCUCUACGAUGUUGAUGCAUUAAGAUAUUUCGUUCUCGCUCCCCUCUGCCUGUAUGUGGUAGUUGGGGUUUCUCUCCUCUUAGCCGGCAUUAUAUCUCUAAACAGAGUUCGGAUUGAGAUCCCAUUAGAAAAGGAAAACCAAGAUAAGUUAGUGAAGUUCAUGAUCCGGAUUGGUGUUUUCAGCAUUCUUUACCUUGUACCACUCUUGGUUGUAAUUGGAUGUUACUUUUAUGAGCAAGCUUACCGUGGCAUCUGGGAAACAACAUGGAUACAGGAACGCUGCAGAGAAUAUCAUAUUCCAUGUCCAUACCAGGUUACUCAGAUGAGUCGUCCAGACCUGAUUCUCUUUCUGAUGAAGUAUCUGAUGGCUCUCAUAGUCGGGAUUCCCUCUAUAUUUUGGGUUGGAAGCAAAAACACAUGCUUUGAAUGGGCCAGUUUUUUCCAUGGUCGUAGAAAAAAAGAGAUAGUGAAUGAGAGCCGACAGGUGCUCCAGGAGCCUGACUUUGCUCAGUCGCUCCUGCGGGACCCAAAUACUCCUAUUAUAAGAAAAUCCAGAGGAACUUCCACUCAAGGAACAUCCACACAUGCUUCUUCAACUCAGCUGGCCAUGGUGGAUGAUCAAAGAAGCAAAGCAGGGAGUGUCCACAGCAAAGUGAGCAGCUACCAUGGCAGCCUCCACAGGUCACGUGAUGGCAGGUACACUCCCUGCAGUUACCGAGGAAUGGAGGAGAGACUACCUCAUGGCAGCAUGUCACGCCUGACGGAUCACUCCAGGCACAGUAGUUCUCAUCGGCUUAAUGAGCAGUCACGACAUAGCAGCAUUCGAGACCUCAGUAACAACCCCAUGACUCACAUUACACACGGCACCAGCAUGAACCGUGUUAUUGAAGAGGAUGGGACCAGUGCUUAGUCUUGUCUAAGGUGAAAAUGUGUGCUGUUGAAAAGCAGGUUUUAGUCUUUGCCUUUGCAUGGCUGGCUGCUGUAACUCACUGUCAUCCUGCUUUCAAUCAGGCAGAGUAUGCCCACUGAGAAGGCAGAUCUUUGCUCUUUGUAUCACAUCAAACUUGGCGCGUAAACACAUCCAAAACACAAAGAAUCAUGUCAUCACAAAAAUAAUUCUUUCCAGGUUGUGAAGAGAUGAUUGUCUGAUAAGCAUUUUUAUAAACCCACUUAUUUUAUAUUUAGAAAAAUCCUAUAUGUGUGGUGACUGCUUUGUAGUGAACUUUCAUAUCAUGUGAACUAGUUGUGAAAUGACAUUCUGGUAGCUCUGUUAAUAAAACAAAGUUUCAGAAUUAAAGAAAAUUUCUAUGCAAGGCUUAUUUCUCAGAUGAAUACUAGGACUUUGUAGGUUUAUUUCCACUGAAUGAGAAAAGGAACUGUUUUUAAACUGUAGAAGACUGUGAUAAGCCAGCAAGGGUAUUUAGGUAAUAGGAUAAAAGUGCCAGAAAAGUCCAGUUGGCCUGGGAGAGGUUCUCUCAAAGUCUGUCUGUCUUCCCCCAGAGAUAUUCAGGAUGUGGAUUAGCCCUGGAGUAAAGGCAGAGAUGAGCAUUUCCCCUGUAGUUGUAUUUUUUUUACUUUUGUAAAUAUUACUUUUAUGGGCUAUGAUUUUAUAAUAUCCAUAUGCAUGAUAGAAAAAAAUUUAAUUUGUGGCCAUCUUUUCCCAGGUAAUUGUAUUGAUUCAUAGACAACUUCAUGUUCAGAUAUGUUCUGUGGAGGCAUGCAGUAAGAUAAACAUCACACAUUAUAAGGGUUUUUAGUGGUAAACAAAUUACAAAAUGGCAAAAUAUUUUCUCUGUAUUCAUUGUUGUAUUUUUCUACAGUGAGAUGUGACCUUGCCAAAGCCAUCAGACAUUGAUACCCAGGCCUUCCUAUAGUGAGCUGAUUGUCUGCACUCAAAUUCCUCAGUAGCCAGUUAGCUACUGCUUUUGCCCCGCAUCCCUAUUUUCAGUUUCUGAAUUAUUGUUUACAUCUGAGGUAUAUAAUCUAAGUCCAGAGUGAUGAUUAAUUUGUGUUCUUGAAAAUCAUUGUAGCUAAGUGGAACAUGCUUACUCUUUCUGUGAAUACCUUUUAAUCUUAAAAAUAUCAAAAAAUGCUUGAUAUUUUAUCUUAUAAAGCUUAAAUGAUUUAGGAUUUACCUGUGAACUUCAUUGGGUAUGAAACUGAUCAGAAAGAAAAAUUCUGGAAAAUGCUAAUGUGCUAUUAAGAAAACACAGUAAUUCUCAGCCCCAAUUGCAGGUAAAAUUCACUCUGGGAACUCGUGUUGGCCAACAUCUUUCAGGUGAGAGUUGAUGCUUUAAAAACAAAAGUUUUCCAGGUGAUUAUUAUCUAGCCAGGCUGGAAAAGCCCAUUCUUUUAAGUUCAAUUUCCCCUAAUGAUAGGCUGAUGGCAUCACUUUUGAUCACUGGGAAGAUCUAGCCAGAUCCAAUAAUACACUUUACAUUGUUACCUAAUAUACUUUUGUUUCCUACUUUAUUAUCCAUUAUAAAAUGCAGAAUUCUCAGCUCUCAUCUCUGGAGAGUCGAAGGCAGUAGGAUUUCACAAAUCUGUAUUUCUAAAAACACCACAGAAGAUUCGUAGCAGGCUAUCC